GAGAGAAAUACUUACAAAGAAAUAUCAAGACCAAGGCACAUAAACCUACUCACGAAGUUCUAGAUAUAGUUUCAUAUCCCUUCUUUAUCUUGUAACUAGAUUUUGAGAAAAAGCUAAAGUGUAACUUUCUCGGGUUGGGGUCGUGUGUGAGAGCUUUGUUGUAAAGCUGAGAGGCUCUCUACCCGCAAGGUAGAGAUGCAUAACUCUUCCUAGAGAGGAUAGAGUUGGGGUGGCUCAAGGGUGGAUUAGGAGAAUUUACCUUGUAACCACAAAAGGCUUUUUAGUGAAGUUGUUUAAAAUUCCUCCGAGGGGGGUCGGGUUUUUUAAUCCCUUUGAGCCAAGGGAUUUUUCCUCGUUAAAUCCUUGUGCACUUUACUAUUUCGCAUUUCCCUGAACCCCACACUAGAACUGUGCGAAAAACUGUCACGGUUCCACACACACAAUUCACAUCCUCUUGUGUUGCUAACCGUUUCAUGAGACGAAGCACAUGAGAGAUCAUUAAACACUGAUGUGCUGUUUGGCAUACUUAAAAAAGUUGUAUCUCGGCGUCAUGAUUUUAAGCUUAUUGUGACGUCUGCCACGCUGAAUUCACGGAAAUUUUCUGACUUUUUUGGAAGUGUACCAAUCUUCAACAUUCCGGGUAGAACAUUCCCCGUUCAACACAUGUACAGCAAAACUCCUUAUGAAGAUUAUGUAGAGGCUGCAGUAAAGCAGGCUAUGACCAUCCACAUAACUAGCGCUCCAGGUGAUAUACUCAUAUUCAUGACUGGUCAAGAUGAGAUUAAAGCUACAUGUGAUGCACUCCAAGAACGAAUGGAACAGUUAGUGACCUCAACUAAACAAGCUGUAGCCAAUCUACUCAUCCUUCCCAUCUACUCCCAACUACCUGCUGAUUUGCAGGCUAAGAUAUUUCAGAAGUCCGGUGAAGGAGAACGCAAAUGCAUUGUCGCCACAAACAUUGCAAAAACAUCCUUAACUGUUGAUGGAAUUUUCUAUGUGAUUGAUACUGGCUACUCCAAGAUGAAGGUGUAUAAUCCGCGCAUGGGUAUGGAUGCCCUUCAAGUGUUUCCGGUCAGUCAAGCAGCGGCAAACCAGCGAGCAGGGCGGGCUGGUAGAACAGGGCCUGGAACUUGCUACCGACUUUAUACCGAGAGUGCAUACUUGAACGAGAUGCUUCCAAGCCCUGUACCAGAAAUCCAAAGGACAAACCUUGGAAAUGUCGUAUUACUGCUAAAGUCUCUCGAGAUCUCAAAUUUGUUAGAUUUUGAUUUUAUGGAUCCACCACCUCAGGAAAACAUCCUCAACUCCAUGUACCAGCUGUGGGUAUUGGGCGCGCUUAGUAACGUCGGUGACCUAACUGGUCUUGGCUGGAAAAUGGUGGAGUUCCCGUUGGACCCGCCUCUUGCUAAGAUGCUUCUCAUGGGAGAACAACUGGAGUGCUUGAAUGAAGUUCUCACCAUUGUGGCGAUGCUUUCAGUACCUUCGGUUUUUUUCAGACCCAAGGAUCGGGCAGAAGAGAGUGAUGCUGCCCGGGAGAAGUUCUUUGUGCCAGAAUCUGAUCAUCUCACACUGCUAAAUGUGUACCAGCAAUGGAAGGCAAAUCAGUACAGGGGUGAUUGGUGUAACCAUCAUUUCUUACAUGUCAAAGGUCUGCGUAAGGCAAGGGAGGUGAGAUCUCAACUGCUGGAUAUCCUCACGACGCUCAAAAAC